CGCGAGGCGGGCGGGGCUAAGAUCUUUUCCCCAGAAUGUCUGCGAGUCAAGAGAGCCGACCUAGAGACAAUGGCCCCGAAGGGAUGGACCCCGAUGGCGUCAUUGAGAGCAAUUGGAAUGAGAUUGUUGACAGCUUCGAUGACAUGAACUUGUCAGAGUCACUCCUGCGAGGAAUCUACGCUUACGGUUUUGAGAAACCCUCUGCCAUCCAACAGCGAGCCAUUCUCCCUUGUAUCAAGGGUUACGAUGUGAUCGCCCAAGCCCAGUCCGGAACUGGAAAGACGGCCACUUUUGCGAUCUCCAUCUUGCAGCAAAUCGAGCUAGACCUGAAGGCUACCCAGGCCCUGGUGCUGGCCCCAACAAGAGAGUUGGCUCAGCAGAUCCAGAAGGUGGUGAUGGCCCUGGGAGACUACAUGGGCGCAUCGUGUCAUGCCUGUAUAGGAGGGACGAAUGUCCGAGCCGAGGUCCAGAAGCUGCAGAUGGAAGCCCCCCAUAUCAUCGUUGGGACUCCUGGGCGUGUGUUCGACAUGUUGAACAGGCGAUACCUGUCACCCAAGUACAUCAAGAUGUUCGUGCUGGAUGAGGCCGACGAGAUGUUGAGCCGGGGCUUCAAGGACCAGAUCUAUGACAUUUUCCAGAAACUGAGUGGCAACACACAGGUGGUGCUCUUGUCUGCCACCAUGCCCAUGGAUGUUCUCGAGGUGACCAAGAAGUUCAUGAGGGACCCGAUCCGUAUCCUGGUCAAGAAGGAAGAGCUCACCCUGGAGGGUAUUAGGCAGUUCUACAUCAAUGUGGAGAGGGAGGAGUGGAAGCUGGACACCUUGUGUGAUCUUUACGAGACCCUCACCAUUACCCAAGCUGUGAUCUUCAUCAACACCAGGAGGAAGGUGGACUGGCUCACUGAGAAGAUGCACGCCCGGGACUUCACUGUUUCGGCCAUGCAUGGAGACAUGGACCAGAAGGAGCGUGACGUCAUCAUGAGGGAGUUCCGCUCCGGCUCCAGCCGUGUCCUGAUCACCACAGACUUGCUGGCCCGUGGAAUUGAUGUGCAGCAGGUGUCCCUGGUCAUCAACUACGACCUGCCCACCAAUCGAGAGAACUACAUCCACAGGAUCGGUCGAGGCGGCCGCUUUGGAAGGAAAGGAGUAGCGAUCAACAUGGUGACGGAAGAGGACAAGCGUACGCUGCGCGACAUCGAGACGUUCUACAACACCUCCAUCGAGGAGAUGCCUCUCAACGUGGCCGACCUCAUCUGAGAGCUGCCUCUCUGGGGGCCCACGGUGCCUGCAACAACCCCCCCAUUGGGCACAAAAUCCCCCCCCCAUACCUGCCCUUUUCUAUUUUUGAGUUUUCUUGCCUUUUGAAUAAAUGUCACUUUUUUGGAGGCAAAAUGAAAUCUUUAGUGUUUACUGGCGCUUCUCUCUCUCCACCCUUCUCUCUCUCUCUCUCUCUCUUCCCCUCUCCUACUUCCUGUGACUUCAUUUUGUAGUUCAGUUCUCCAAAUCUCCCCUGAAUCCAGAACCCAGGUGUUGUUUUGAGCGGGGAGGGGAGCAGAUUGCAGAAGCUCGGCUUCCUGGCUUCUUAGCGCCCCCCUCCCCUUCACGCCAUGCCCCCGAAAUUAAGCUUUCAACAGAAUCGUGGUGCUAAUGGAAGAAGAAGGAAAGGAAAAAAAGAGCUUGAGAAACUAAAACUUACCUCAAAAAGGUUCUGGUUUUUUUUUCUCCCUGCCUAAAAUCAUUGGUUCAAACAAAUUGCCAAGCUGUGUUUCUCUCUCCGUGAAACGAGACCCUUUACCCCAUCACUCUUUCUUAAAAUAAAAACCUUAAAAAAUUGAAAACUUUUUCAUACAGCAAAAAAAAAAAUCUGUGCGUGCAAACUUUUACCUUUUUUUUUUGUAUAGCUAUUAUUUAUUCAAAAGGAAAGUUACAGUGACCAAAAUAAACGUGAUCUUGAGAAAA